AUGGGCGACUCAGGAACUUAUCCACGGCCGCAGAGACUGUCGACAGCCAACCCACCACCAAAUCCAUUACGAAAGGCUACCGCUCCGCCUAUAGAUCGUAAAUAUGGAGCCCCGCAACGGCUACACGACUCGCUACCUAGACAAGGCUCUACUUCGCACCCGUCAUCAUUACCACGUGAAGUUUCAUCUGGUAUACGCAGAGAACAGAGUAAUUCGUCAAUGAAAAACGUAAUUGGAGGUGCCGGUAGUAGUAGUACCAAUCCCCAACCAGCACCUCGACCACCACUACAACCACAACAGCACCAACCACUGCAAAAACAAGCAUCAACUUCCUCCCUAGCAUCGAAAAGUGGAUUAAAAAGUCAGGCCAGUCAGUCGUCGUUACGGCCUCUACGGCUCUCACGUGGUGUACCAGCACCGGUACCAACACGACCAUCUAAAUUACCACAAGCAGGUAUACCGUUAGUUGAAAAGAGGUAUUCACCACCACACCAGCUGAGCCCGGAUGGGACCUUUGAUGAGCUGAGGAUGGCAAGGAAUGUGUCUAUAUCUGAGGGUUUGCUGAGUGCACCAACACUUCCUUCAAAACAUGCCACAAAGGCGGUGCCCUGGAUUAUUAGGCUUGAUAAUCUGUUGAGCGAACAUGGAAAAGAAUUCAUUUGGUGCACAAUAUGGAUUCUCGUCCAAGUCGGCCUCUUUGCAUAUAACUUUAUCACAAUGCAAAACGAUGUUGGAUUUGCAUCGCUCGUAGCAGCCACGAAUGGGUUUUGGGCAACGGCUAAGGCAUCAGCGGCUGUUAUUAGUCUCAACAUGGCACUAGUUCUUAUACCGAUACUGAGAACACUAUUGUCUUUAAUCAGUGAUACCUUCCUCGCCAGGUUAUAUCUAUUCAAUAGCUCGGCGUUACUGCAUCGGGUCUGCAGUUAUGGGAUUGUGUUUUGGAGCUUUGUACAUUGUGUUGCCCAUUAUAUGAACUAUAUCAGAAUCGAAGCUGCAUCUGGAAGAACUCUUUUAGCCGGUGCCAUGACUGGCACAACAGGAGCCGGCAUAACAGGUCAAAUGCUCGUCCUACUCAUGGUAGCCAUCUACACAUCAUCUGCAAACGUAGUCAAACGAUCCGGCUAUAACGUAUUCUGGAGCCUACACUGUCUUUUCAUUGUGCUAUACGCAUUGAUUGUCAUACACGGCUCGCUAUGUUUUGGUAAAGCUCUGGAUGUGAAAUCUGGGUCCACCAUAUGCAGAACACCGACGUCAUGGAUGUAUUGGAUUGGUCCUUUGGUGUUGUAUGGAGUUGAACUGGUGCUGAGGACUGUGAGAGCAAGACAGACUACUACGGUGCUUAAAGUUAUUCAGCAUCCUCAAAAAACGGUUGAGAUUAACUUUUAUAAGCCGGCUAUGAAGACUAGGGUAGCACAGUAUGUGUAUUUGAAGUGUCCUGAUGCUGGAAUAUUUGAGUGGCAUCCAUUCACUCUAACUUCAGCUCCCCGAGAGGACUGUCACUCAGUCCACGUCCGAGUUGUAGGCGACUGGAGUGCCCGUCUCGCUGAUCGCUUAAACUGCAGGUUUGACCCUGAUGAUCAACGACCGCCAUUUCCUAAGAACUAUAAAUUGAUGGUUGAUGGCCCCUUUGGAAGGUCAGGAGACUGGAUUUUCAGAUUCGAUACUGUAAUCUUGAUUGGGGCUGGUAUUGGUGUGACUCCUUGUGCGUCGAUUCUCAAAGAGAUUGCUUUUCGAUAUGUGGAUCCAAAGAUACCCAGACAUAUGAAGAAGGUGUAUUUCUUUUGGGUUUGUCGAGAAGCGUAUGCUUUCAAAUGGUUUAGAUCCUUCCUCGCCGAGCUAGAAGAAGAAUCUCAAAACUGGAUUGACCCAGACCUAUUCGAGAUCCGACCAUACCUAACUGGCAACCAGCCCAAUAUUGACAAUCUCUUCCUUAACGACUUUGACGGUGACGACGCACUGACUCGAUUACGAGCCCGUACGCAGUAUGGACGACCAAGGUUUGAUGCCUUGUUUCGUGAUAUUCGACAACAGCACCCGAAUACGGACGUGGGAGUGUAUUUUUCUGGACCGCCUGGAUUUGGAAGUGAGAUACAGAGAGUUUGUGAUGGGAGUAGCACUGUAUCUAGUGGAACGAGAUUCUUUUUCUCGUCGGAUGAUGCGUGGUAG